AUGAUACCCAAACGCCUCACCGCCGCCGCCGCCGUCUCGGCCACCUUGCUGUCUGCUAGCAACGCCUUCCUCAUCCCACCCGAGCUCUCCGAGACCGACAUCGCCUUUGCGCAAGAAGUCGCAUCCGAUAUCAACCCUCUCGACAACAACAACAACAACAACAAGCUCGACCCCAUCACCGCCUCUGCGUCUCGACACCAACUCAUUGAACUUGCCUGCCCCGGCUGUCCCGUUCUCGUCAAAGACCGCCACCACAACAGCCACCACCCCAAGGUCCUAACCGAUAAGCCGAACCAUUUGGAGCUGGACUUCAAGAUCGAGCAUAUCUCGGACACCUCUGGCGAUAGACUUUUGGUUAACGGCUUUGAGUUAUACCCCAAUGCCGAUCCUCUGAGGGGUGAAUUAUGGGCUGGACAGGUAUUGGAGGGUGCUGGUCCCCAGCCAAAGCCAGUGAAGGACGUCAAGGAGUGGGUUGAGAAGAUGGACGAGGUCAAUUCCGACCACGAACACGACUCCGAUCACGAUUCCGAUCACGAUUCCGAUCACGAAGACAACAAGAAGCACAAAAACAGGAAGCACAAAAACCGCAAACAUCGCAACCGCCACCCCAAGACACUCCCGCAAAACCUCGGUUUUGGCCUUCGCACCUCUCUACCCCAGGCUUCUUCCGACCCCGCCGACGCGCUUACUUUGCAGGAGAUUAUCGACCUGAACCUCCAAAUCCUCGAAGUCGGCACCGCUUUUGUCUCGGGAAUUCCCAGCGUAGAAAUCAAGUUAUUGCGGGACUCCAAGACGCAGAAGUUGAUGAUUGGGAAUAUCGAGACUACCACUGCUUCUAAUGAGGACAGUGGUGUUUCCGUGCCGUUUAUGGGUGUUGCUCCCGAAGAAAAGGAGGAGGAAUGUGAUAAUUUUAUCUGCAGAUUGCUGGAAGGGUUCAGGGAGAAGGUGAAGGAGGGCAAGGAGGCUUGGGGCAAGAAGAUGAUGGGUGGUUGUCAUGGUGGUCAUGGUAUGGGCCAGUCUGUUCCUGCCGUUGAGGAGGUUACUACCGAAGAUGGUGAGCGGAAGAUGCCAGUCGUGGAGAUUGAUAUUGAGCGUAUCGACAUCACUGAGUCCGAAGAUGGUACUUGGGAGAUUGUUGCUUCUCCUGUCGAUGUUGAGAAGGAGCAACAGGUCGAGGAAGAUGAGAAGAUCAAGGACCUACUCGAUGAGGUGCCCCCGCAGGAAGAGUCUGAGGAGGGACAUCGCGGUUGGCACGGACACCACCAUGGUGGCAUGCACAGAUAUGAGCACAGCUGGGGCCAGUUGCUUAAGAGCAUCACUGCCCAUGUGUUGCUGCCCGUGUUAGUUGGUAUCAUCGCUGGUGUCUCUGUUAGCUUCAUCGGCAUGGCCUUCGGAACUCUCAUCGUCGCUCUCUACCGCUUCUUCUACCGCCGCGGUGGUUCCGGCGGUCGCAAGUGCCGCCGCAACGGUGGCGCCGGUUGCAAGCGUGCUCAUCGCCACCGUCAUCGUGACCAUGGCAGCAAGGACGAAGCCGAGGCUCCUGUCGAGGAGAAGGCUGGCUUGUUGAACGCCCAGGAGCCCGAGGCUGAUGUCGAGGCGCCCCCUCCGGCUUAUGAGGAUGCCAAGGUUGUUGAGGAGGGUGAGGUUAGGAAGUAA